CUUGGGAGAGGCUCCGAAUCAAUCGUCGAGAAGGCGACGACAAGAGCGGACUGCGCUGGAUAGCUGGGUCGAUUGCGGGCAUUUUCGAUGGCUCAACUCAACUUGAGCGCGCCGCCAUCACGGAGUUGUCUUCAACGCGCUCGGGCUUUGUUCUGACAUCGCGCAUUUGUGAGUUAGAGACACCAUGGGAAAGCGUGAGAGAAACAGGACCAAGAGCAACGCGUCCUUCGAAACGAAGUGCUUGAGCUCCAGACAAGCGGCACGGGACGGCGGACGACGGCUCUGGAAGAAGCAUCGGAUCCAGCCGCGAUGGAUAGUGAAGCACUCGAGGAAGUUGAGACUGUCAACUUGAGAGCCUUUCAGCCUGUUAUCCGUCAGUCGCCACGAGUCUAUCCAAGCGAGGUCACGACAGUCGACAGAGACGUCACGCGGCAGCAUCUUCGUCUUCGCAAAGAAUGGAGAUCCAAGUGCUCCAUGCUCGUCUUGAACCUGGAUUCCAGCUUGAAACGAGCCCCAGUGUACGAUCGCAACAAAUACUUCUUUGCAUCGCACUGUCAGGUACACUAAGGCAGCUUUUACAAACGUGGAGACGAGGAGCGAUCGACCACAGCGGACAUUGAACACGAAUUUCUUAGGCGUCAAGGAUGGCAUCGCUGGCGACAAACUCAGUGGCGUACGCACCCACAUGAGUGCACGUGUACAACAGUUUGGCCACACUGAACAGCCAAAGCAGUCCCAAGCCGAGGUACAUGCAUCUCGCGCCAUGCAAUGGUAAACGCCGAAGUUUCGACUGCAAUCCGUUGUUUUCCGCUGUCGUCGUUGAAGAUAAACUUGUGUCAAGUUCCGGUCACACGUCCUGCCAGAUCUUAGACACUUAAUCAAAGAAUAAGUAGAUGAAUCUCUCUACGCGCUUCCGUUCCGGAUGAUGCCGACACAACUAUCACGUCUUAUUCCGUGAACACCAAUGAUGGCACCACCACCGACGCCGGUUUGCCGUCCCAAAGGCAUGUUUGGUUCCAUUGCGCAAUGCAGACAGUGCGCACGUUGGUCCUGUCCAUAGUGCCGCAACGAGAUAAGGGCGAUCGAUGGGAGCCACGCCGGUCGUACGCAAAAAAGCCCUCCGUGCUCGCACUUCGUCGUCGUCGUCUUCAUUUACGCAAACGACGCAAAGGCCGCAAGUGGUUCGGUCACUUUGAACGAUGGCCAAGUUUAACGUGCAUGAUGUGGCACUGCCGGAGCUCAAGUUGAGUCCGGAGCGCCAGGCUGCGUUGAUCGCAGAGGUUGAGGCGGUGGUUCAGAACACGCUCGAGCUGCGAUCGGCUUUCGCAGCCGGCGGCCGUCAGCUCGACACGUCGGCGUGGAAGCUCGUUAGGACCAAGGACGACGUGCGUGCCUACCGUUCGCGUCGCGCGUUGCACGGCGUGGAUCCGUCCGAGACGCGCACCGAGACGUCGGACGCGCUUUCGUCGUCGUCGUCCAACAGCUCUCGAACGACCAUGAACAAGCUCACUGCUUCCACCACUUCUUCUAACGACAGCGACCGUUUCCGUGCCAAGAAGACCGCGCGUCCGCCCGCCGUCGUGCUGUCCGGUACCGUCGACGGCACGGCCGAAGAUGCCGUUUUGGGUAUGCUGGCCGAUUCCGAACAGCACUGCAAGAUGCGCGAGUCGUACCUGGGCACGGAGCUCGAGGACUCCCGUUUGCUGUUCGUGUUAGCCCGACCGACACCAGAGAACCCGUUCACGUUCAUCGGCAUCAAGUGGGGCCGUCAGACGUACGGCCGCUUCAGCCAGCCGCGUGACUUCGUGUUUUUGGAGUCCACAGGUAUCACCAAGGACUCGCGCGGCGAGAUGAUCAGCUACGGUAUUCGCCAGUCGACGGAUCUCUCGGACGUGCUGACGCUGCCGCGUUCUCAAGAUGUGCUUCGCGGUCACCUGUCCGUGUGUCAGACCUUCGCUAACAGCGGCGUCCCCGUUGCUGGCUCACGUCACCACUCGGUGGAAAUGUUCUCUCGAGCUUUCUUGCAGCUGGACGGCGACGUGCCAGUGAAUGUCGCGGCCUCGGCGUUCGCUGAUAAGCUCAUGGCGCUCGUAAACACUAUGGAGUGCGCGACCGCCUACAAACUUACUUGGAUGAUGCGGCAGUCUUCCCGUCAGGCUCGUCCGGGCACGAGCGUCCACGGCACGAGCAGCCACUGCGCCAACUGCACGCGUAGUCUCAACAAACUCACCAACCUGUUGCUGUCACGCGGGGGCACGUGCCAGGUCUGCCGGCGCUCGUACUGUGGCAAGUGUUCGGUGUACAAGAAGAUCUCGAUCGGUAUCGGCAACGAGGUGAUGCAGAAGUCUAUGCUCUUCUGCCUUGAGUGUCUUCUGGAAGCGAAGCAUAUCUCGGCUCGUGAAGUGGCUGUGGACCAGCAGAAGUGGUAGAUAUGUCCAUCCGUAGUUAGACUGAAAAGAGUGUAGCUCUCAAUGAAUGGGCUAUACAAGCUGCUGUGACGAAGUACAUUGACCUCGUGGGAUCGUCACGUGAGUAAAUACUAGUCGUCCCGUGGCUGUUCCUAGGUAGAUAUGAAUUUCAUGGCAAUGGAAAAAGAUAACGUCUUGCACAAUGUACUUACGAAAUGGAUAAGUUUCAUGGA